AUGGAUGACCGAGAACUCACCGCGCGCAUCAAGGCGCUCUCCAAGGCUGUCGCUACCGAACCACCGGCGACGGUCAUCAAGCUCCUGGAGGAAUUGAAGAGAGAUGCCAAGCCGACCGAGGAACAGCUUCGCUCGACAAAAGCCGGUGUCACCGUAGGAAAGCUGCGCGCCAAUGCCAACAAGGACAUCGCUCGUAUUGCGAGCGAAAUCGUCAACAAGUGGAGGAAGCUGGUUGAGGCGGCCAAGGAGGCCAAGAAGAAGAGCCAGGCCGCCGCGGCCUCGGGCGCCAGCUCCCCAGCACCCAAGGCAUCGCCUGCGCCCGCAUCGUCCGCGUACAACAAGCCCUACGAAGGCGACGUCGAGAAGCGCCACUUUAAGACAGACAAGGUCGACAUCAACCGAACCUCGAGCCAGACGCGCAACAACACCAUCGGCGUGCUCUACAACGGCCUUGCCUACCGAAGAACCGAGUCGAUUGAGGAGGUCGUCAAGCGCGCCGUUGAAGUCGAGAAUGCCCUUUUCAAGGCCUGCAAGGGCGAGAACCAGGAAUAUCGCAGCAAGGCCCGCACCCUCUUUACCAGUUUGAAGCGCAAGGACAACGCUGCGUUGGGGCGACGGGUCAUGUCGGGCGAGCUUCCCGUCGACCGCCUUGUCGUUUUGUCGGACAAGGAGCUGGCCUCGGAGGAACAGCGUGCCAGGGAUGAGGAGUUGGAGAAGGAGAACAUGAAGAAGGCCCAGGUGCCCAUGGCGGAGAAGUCCAUCAGUGAUGCGCUGAAGUGCGGAAAGUGCGGACAGAGGAAGGUGUCGUACAGCCAGGCGCAAACACGGUCGGCUGAUGAACCUAUGACUACCUUCUGCGAGUGCACUGUUUGCGGAAACCGCUGGAAGUUCUCCUAA